UGCAGCGAUGGUUCAAGGAUGCAGGUAACCCAGCUACACUUGCAGCUAGGAGCUCAUCUAGAAUCUUCGGAAAAAAAUAAAGCUCAUUUGCUUACCUAUACAUCAUAAAGAGUUACUGUUGCAAUUAUUAUGUGAUGAUAUGGCAUGUUUGUGAGUGGCUGGAGAAAAACAUUUCCGGGAGAUUCUGGUUAUCAGUGGCGGAUUGAAUUUUGGUUUUAUAAUCGUGUUUUAGGAGUGUUUAUUUAACAAAAGAGGCUUAACAGGGUGGAAAAAGGUAUUACUUACAACUGUAUAAGAUGGGUGCUGUACAGAGCCUCCUGGCUUGUUGCCAUGCCCCGACCACCGGGACCAAGCCAGUGGUUAGACGAACGGACCCCGGGCGGCAUAAACCGAUUGCGGAAAUUUCUGUAUCCGAACUCACCAGGAACAUCAGAUCUGCAAACGAACUGAGCGACCCGCACACGCUACAAGUAAAGGGACUGGAUUUGGACGUGAAAAACAAUGCCAAGGCUCACAGAACGGCCGAGUAUGACAUCACAGAUGCAAGCGUCUACGAUGACCGGGAAUUCCUGGUUGUCCGGCGUGGUCAAGCGUUCAAUGUUAACGUGACGUUUAACAAACCAUUCGAUCCCAAAAAUGAUGAGCUCCGAAUAGUGUUUGAAUUUGGAAAGCGACCGAUUCCAAACAGAGGGACGCAUGUAGAAAUUAUACUUUCCGACGAAGAUUCGGCCAACGAAUGGGGCGCGUGGAUCGAAUCCAGCAAGGACAAUGUGACGUCACUUCAGAUAAUGACGUCACCAAAGAUUGCCGUCGGAAAGUGGAAACUGAGCGUUGACGUGGUUAAGCGUGAUCAGACGUCAGUUACCGUCUAUAGACACGCCCACAAAGAUCCAAUAUACAUUCUUUUUAAUCCAUGGUGCAAAGAGGACAGUGUGUAUUUGCGGGAUGACGACGGUACGAAACUGGCAGAAUACAUCUUAAAUGAGACCGGAAACAUCUACUCCGGAAGUUACAGGAAAAUCGCAAGCAAACCCUGGGUCUUCGGACAGUUCAGCGGCGACGUCCUAGAUUGCGCUCUGUAUUUGCUGGAGACAAGUCGGCUCCGUGACCACGCCCGGGGAAACCCUGUCAUUAUCGCCAGAAAACUUUCAGCCAUGAUUAACAACGAUGAUGAAAACGGGGUGUUGGCGGGAAAGUGGAGCGGCGAUUUCUCUCUCGGAACCCCGCCACUCGACUGGACAGGAAGCGUUGCCAUCUUGGACAAGUACUACACCACCAAGGAGCCUGUGCUUUACGGACAGUGCUGGGUCUUCGCUGGUGUCCUAACCACGGUAUGUCGCGCCCUGGGGAUCCCGGCCCGCUGUGUGACCAACUUCUCCUCAGCCCACGACACUGACGGCAGUAUUACCAUCGACAAGCACUACAACGCGGACGGGUCGCCGUUGGAGGAGUACAACGAGGACUCAGUCUGGAACUUCCAUGUUUGGAACGACGUUUGGAUGGCUCGUCCGGAUCUCCCGGUCGGAUAUGGCGGCUGGCAGGCUAUCGAUGCCACUCCACAAGAAACGAGCCAAGGCGUGUACUGUAUGGGGCCCGUGUCGGUGCAGGCUAUACGUGAGGGUCGAGUGAACCUGCCGUAUGACGGACAGUUUGCCUUCGCCGAGGUGAACGCGGACAGGCUUUUCUGGGUGCUUGGGGAGGAUGGGUCAAUGGAGAAACGAUUUGUCCUGAAAAACAGAAUUGGCCUUAAGUUAAGUACCAACCCGGUCUCAGAGGACAGCCCUGCCGACAAAGACUCGGAGAGGGAAGACGUCACUACCGACUAUAAAUACCCAGAAGGGUCGGAGGAGGAAAGGGCUGCUGUGAGGGAAGCCAACCUGCACUCCACCCGCGCUGGCAUGUACGAGACCACAGCACAGGACGUUGCUUUUGAUGUUACAACUAACGUUGAUACGUUCAUGGGGGAUGACAUCACAGUAGAGAUACACCUUACAAACAAGAGCAACCACAUUCGCACAAGCAACGGGACGCUGGUGCUAGGAAGCGCCUAUUACACCGGAGUUUUCUACAAGGAACUCCUCAAUGAGAAACUGAAAGACAUCGUGCUUGGACCGCUAGAAGAAAAGAAGCUCGAAUUCCUGGUGAAGGCUGAGGAUUAUCUAGGGAGCCUCGUGGACCACUGUUUGAUCACAAUCUCGUGCGUCUGUGUCGUUAAGGAGACUAGACAACACUUUGUGGGACGAGACGAGCUCAGACUCAGGAAACCACAUCUUACCGUCAAGGCACCAGCUUCGGCUAAAGUCGGUGAAAAGUUCAAUGUUGAAGUCACCUUUGUCAAUCCACUCAAACUGACGCUCACCAACUGUGAACUGCGCGCUGAAGGACCGGGACUACAGAAACCAGCUAUCUAUAAACAAUCAAACGUGAACGCCAACGCUGAAUUCAAAGGAACUUUCGACAUGACACCAGUAAAGGCGGGAAAGAGAGCGAUAGUUGUGUACUUUAACAGUCGCCAGAUAUCAGCAGUAACUGCAUCUCAUAGCAUUACAGUAGAAUAAGUAUGCAUAAUGCAAAACCCUUUAGCGGUUCGAGGAGUGAAUACAAGGGGUUAAUCUCUUCCCCGACCCAUGAUAGCCGCCUGUUAUGGAUAAAUAAGAUUAUGUGACAAAACCAAUGAAUUUGAACUGCAAAACAACGCUGAAAAAUAAUUGUAAUAUAUACUUUGGCCUGCAACUUGUACGACUGACAGUCAACUACAUCAGGCACAACUGCGACUGACAGAGCGACUUGAUGUCCGUACCAAUUCUGCAAAUAUUAACUAGCUUUGUACCAGCAUGGACGGAUAGCAUGGCGUCGUCAUCGGCGCAAAAUUGCAUUGUUAAACUAAUUGACAACCCCGUUUCUCCGUCUCUUUUUGAAAACAGUGUAACUUCAUUUAAAUUUUAUCUAUUUCAAAAAUGUAUAUUGACGGUUUUAUUUCAUGAGUUUAUUUGACACAUGAUAUUUGUGAUAUUUUCUUUCUUUAAAAGGUGCUACGCAAAUAAGGGAGAACUUUUAGAAAUAGUUAGAAACUUGACCUACUUAGAUAUUGUUUUUACAACUGGUUGCUCUUUUGCAAUAACUUUUGAUACACUAAUAGGACAUGCAUCAAAGGUUAUUUUUAAAUCAAAUUCAAAUUAAGUUAAGUGUUUACAUUCAAUCUCAAAAUAGAGAGCUUGGUAGAACCUCUUUGUUUGAUAGAAAAACUGUAAAUGUUAUCAGAUAUUGUUUGUAAAAUAUUAAAUCUAGAGGAUAUUAAUAUGAUAAAGAUGUUGACUCUCUCAUCUGUAGUUACAUAGAAACAAGAACAAAUUGUAAAAUCCGUGUGUACUUUGUUAAACAAGUCUUGCAUCUAUGAUUGGUUAAAUAAAUGUGUUGGUGAUGAAAUAAUAUUGAUAUCUUUAUUAAUGACCGGAAUAAAUGAUACAUUUAUCCAAAACUGGAUAAUUCAUCGCGAACAAGAACUUUUAUACAAUGUAUUGCAAGUUUAUGUUACAACCUUAGUUGACCAAUGUUAAUCUAGUUAAAUUAAAAAAAAGAUCUAUGUACAUUAAGAGUAACAUCUCAUAGAUUAGAAAUUGAAACAGGAAGAUGGUAUAUACCUGAACCUUUCAAGUUACCAAAAUAUAAAAUGUCUCGUGUGUUAUGUAUUUGAAGAUAAAUUUCAUUUUAUUCUCGAAUGCCCUUUGUACAAGGAAAUAAUAAACACAAUUGUUAUAUGUUUAUUAGGCAUUUAUUUUAAAAAUAAGUACAAGCUGUUAUGACUAUUUUGGUAUCCAUGCAAAGUUAUAUUAUCUUUAUAUGCAUAUUUCUAAUAUUGCAUUGAUCUAUUGACUGCUUGUAUAUACGUAUAUCUUUCACAAAUGUAUAUUCAUGGACAUUAUGACUUGUAUGUCUGAAUAAACUAUUAAAACUAUCAUAAAAGUAGAGAACAUAUUUAGUAGUUGGAAACCAAUAUAUUAUGCAAAAUAUUACCUGUAUGCUUUUUCAUAAAUAAAUAUAAUCCAA